UUUAUUUUCAAAAAUGAAAUAUAUUUGAUAAUCAUCUGAUUCAUAUUAAAUGUCGUAAAAGAACAUUUUUUUACUAGUACUUUCUAGGGUCCUUCUUGGAACAGUAAUAAUUAUUGACUGACAUUAUGACUUUUCACUUAACGAUUACGUGCGCUAUUAUUUUUGAAUAUCUUUUAUGCAAAAAGACAAAAAAAAAUCGCUAAAGUGUACUGUGAAGAGAAAACUUCGUUAUGUGAUGAAUUGAAAUUAAUGCAAUUAUUCGACCGGCAAAGAUUAUGUAAUCUUUUCUGAGCCACGCCCUCUGCCUAUGGUCGCACGUAACACCGAAAUUUGGAAAAAAUGAAGCAUUAAAGGAAUGCUUUUCAUUGAAAAUUUUUAAGGAUUUUAUAGAAUUGUUAUGCAGAGACAAAUAAAAGCGAAAUUUUUGUCACAAACGAUGAAAUUAAUAAGAUAGAAUCACUGCUGGAAUUUUAUUUUUAUUCGAUUACAAUUAAUAAUCUGAAUGCAGUUAAAAAAUAAAUUUUCAAGUAUGAUCGAAUCAUUGUAGAAAUAUAUUGUAUUUUGAUACAUUAUCUAAUCGAAAUGAAUUUAUCAAGAGUAUUACUUAUCUAAAAAAAAUGAAAUCCAUUUGGAAUCAGCCGAUAAAGAUUAUUCGUUAUAAAAUAAUUUGUGGAUGCAUGAUAAAUUAAAUAAACAUGAGGAUCACAUCAUGUUACUUUAAAAGGCUCAUAAUAACUGCAUUGAUAAUUGCAGUAAUAUUUUGUAUUGGUCAAGUACUUAGAUCCGUGCCAGGAUUUAAUGAUGACCUUUCAAAUUAUGACAAACUUGUGCAUAUGUCACAAUUGAUAAAAGAAUCGGUUGAACAAGAUACUUUGUAUUUGGGAAAUGGAAUUCCAGCAUGUAAAUUACCAGAAUUAAAAGUUUCCAAUCCAGAAAUAAUGAAAUUUAUACAUAAUGUACCUCCCAUAAUUUGUACACCUGAAGAUUGGGUAAAAGUUGACAAAACAAGGCUUAUAAUCGAUAAGGAAAUAAAAAAUAAGUAUGGACGAUUAAUGUGUACAUUUAGUGAGGUAAUUAGGAUAGACGAUUUUAAUAUAAAAUAUUCAGAACCAGUGGAAGCCGAUGACUUUUAUAUUCCCAGAUAUAGUGAUUUUGUAGAUGUAAAAUGCACUUCAGAAAGUAACAAAAAAUGGCAUAGUGUCCUAGCUGGUGUGAAAUUAGACUUUGAAAUCAAAAGGAAGUAUAGUUGGGAUAAUGUUCCAAAUAAUUCACUCAAAUUAAAUGUAUUAAUGUUUGGUUUUGAUUCUUUAUCUCGUAAUACAUUCAUCCGAAAAUUACCUAAAACUUAUCAAUAUCUGAAGCACAAUUUGAAUACAUUAGUUUUAGAAGGAUAUAAUAUAGUAGGAGAUGGUACUCCGCAAGCUCUUAUUCCCAUUCUAACGGGAAAAAUUGAACUUGAAUUACCAGAGACACGUAAACGUAUGGGUCAGAAAGCACAAUAUGUUAAUAUAUAUCCAAUGGUGUGGAAAGAAUAUAAAGAAAAGGGAUAUAUAACAGGAUUUAUGGAGGAUGUUCAUCAUAUUGGAACAUUUACUUAUCGUUUAAAAGGUUUUAAAGAACAACCCACCAAUCAUUAUAUGAGAACAUUUUACUUGGCCGCUGAGCGGUAUUUUCGUAAUUACAAUAAGUUUUGUAUGGGAAGCAUUCCACGCCACGUAGUAAUGCUAAAUUAUAUAAAAGCAAUUUUCGAUACUUACAAAGAUGAACCUAAAUUUGUAUUUGGCUUUCAUGGAGAAUUAUCUCAUGAUUCCUAUAAUGAUAUUGGUGCUGCGGAUGAAGAUUUGUACCUUUGGGUAAAACAGUUACAAGACUCUGGUCACUUGAACAAUACCAUUUUAAUACUAAUGAGUGAUCAUGGUCAUAGAUUUGCAGAAAUUCGUAAUACCUUGCAAGGUAAACAAGAAGAACGAUUACCGUUCUUUUCUUUCACUUUCCCACCUUGGUUCAAAAAAGUACAUUCACGUGCCUAUGAAAAUUUCUUACAUAAUACAAAGCAUUUAACAACACCGUUUGAUAUACAUAAAACAUUACAAGCUAUAUUAAAUUUUGAGAGUCCAAAAGAAGGAGAUCGUUAUCAAAGAGCUAUUAAUUUAUUUGACAAGAUACCUUUGGAGAGAACAUGCGCGGAUGCAUUCAUAGAGCCACAUUGGUGUGCUUGUCUUAGUUGGAAAGAAAUAGAAGUUGAUAAUCCCAAUGUUAUUGCCGCUGCCAAAUUUUUUGUUCAAUUCCUUAAUUCCUAUACAGAGGAACAUCGUGAUAUAUGUGAAACUUUAAAGUUAAAUCAAAUAUUGUGGUCUGCUAAACUUUUACCCACUAAAGGUUUAUUAAAUUUUCAAAAAUCUGGAGAUCAGGAUGGCUUUGUAGCAGAUCUCAGUGCAAAAACUAAGCUAACAUCUGAGAUAUAUCAGAUAAAAGUAAAAACAGAACCAGGUGGUGGACUAUUUGAAGCAAGCAUUACUUAUAACGUUAAUAACAAUCUUUUUAAUACUAGAAUUUCUGAUGUCAGUAGAAUAAACAAAUAUGGAUCCCAAGCUAGAUGUGUAGAAAAUUCACUAUUCCAUUUACGCAAAUAUUGUUACUGUAAAGAUUAAUUGUAUACAGACACAUAUGUAUGUGCAUAUAUAAUUACAAUUUAUUACAAUUUA